AUGGAGGUGAUCAUUGGCGCUUUUAGCAAAUGUUUACCGUGUUUUCCGGACCUUCUGGCUCCGCUUGUGAGUCUCAAUGACAGCAGGUACAAAAUCAUCCGUUUAUUAGGGGAAGGAGGCUUUUCGUACGUUUAUUUGGUAUCGCUCAAGGGCAACCCAUCAUCGUUAUAUGCUUUAAAAAAAAUCCGAUGUCCGUUUGGAACGAAUGACGAGACAUACAAGAACGCUAUCAAAGAAAUCAACAACUAUCACCGGUUUGCCAACUCAAAAACACCGUAUAUUGUCCAGUCAAUUGACGAUGCCAUUAUCCCUGAUGUUGAUGGCUCCUAUACUAUUUAUAUCCUUUUACCAUAUUUCCACAAAUCUGUGCAAGACGAGAUCAACUACCGGGUGCUAAACAACACAUCUAUGGAGGAACCAGAAGUUCUUCGGAUUUUCAUUGGUGUUUGUCGUGGACUUCAAAUCAUGCACAAGUACUCUGGAACCGGCACCUCAAGAACGUCCAAUAUGGUUGAAGGUGAGUCGCAAAACCCCGAGGAGGACGAGUUGCUUCCUGGGGGAAGUGACGCCGAAGAGGGUGAAGAAUUGGGAGGAUUGAGCGGUGGUACCGAACUCCGCGAGUUGGUUCCAUAUGCUCAUCACGAUAUCAAACCUGCCAAUGUCAUGUUAUCCGCCGAGGGUCUUCCUGUUCUUGUAGACCUUGGCUCAUGUUCCAAGGCUCGAGUUACGGUUACCACUCGGCAGCAGGCUUUAAGUUUAACCGAUUUUGCUCAGGAACAUUGCACGCUUCCGUACCGUGCACCCGAAUUACUCGACGUUUCAACCGGCGCAAACAUCACAGAAAAGACCGAUAUUUGGUCCUUGGGGUGCCUUUUGUACUGCUGUUGUUUUGGUCUUUCUCCAUUCGAAAAACUUGAAAUUGAACAGGGUGCAAAUAUCAACCUAGCCAUCACCCAGGGCAAGUACUCAGUUCCCACCAACCACAAAUUUUCACCAGAACUCAUUAACUUGAUUGAUGACUGCCUCAAACUAGACCCCCAAAACCGUCCGUCCGUUGACCAGUUGCUCGAGUCGGCCCUUUCCAUCUCCAGACUCUGA